CCAUUUUCUUUUCUUGCUCUGAUGAAAAGCUGUUGUCUUCUGGAAGAACCUCACAAGUCUAUUAAUAUAUGUAUAUUCCCAAUAUCCCUUUAUUCGUUCUGCGGAAAGCAAAAGAUUGAGAGCGACAGAGAGAGAUAACGAGAGAGAGAGAGAUGGAGAAGAUGAGAGGACAUGUAUUAGCAGUGCCAUUUCCAAGCCAAGGACACAUCACCCCGAUUCGCCAAUUCUGCAAACGACUUCACUCCAAAGGUUUCAAAACCACUCACACUCUCACCACUUUUAUCUUCAACACAAUCCACCUCGACCCAUCUAGUCCUAUCUCCAUAGCCACAAUCUCCGAUGGCUAUGACCAGGGAGGGUUCUCAUCAGCCGGUUCUGUCCCGGAGUACCUACAAAACUUCAAAACCUUCGGCUCCAAAACCGUCGCUGAUAUCAUCCGCAAACACCAGAGUACUGAUAACCCUAUUACUUGUAUCGUCUAUGAUUCUUUCAUGCCUUGGGCGCUUGACCUUGCAAUGGAUUUUGGUCUAGCUGCGGCUCCUUUCUUCACGCAGUCUUGCGCCGUUAACUAUAUCAAUUAUCUUUCUUACAUAAACAAUGGUAGCUUGACACUUCCCAUCAAGGAUUUGCCUCUUCUUGAGCUCCAAGAUUUGCCUACUUUCGUCACUCCUACUGGUUCACACCUUGCUUACUUUGAGAUGGUGCUUCAACAGUUCACCAACUUCGACAAAGCUGAUUUCGUACUCGUUAAUUCCUUCCAUGACCUCGACCUUCAUGUUAAGGAGUUGUUGUCGAAAGUAUGUCCUGUGUUGACAAUUGGUCCAACUGUUCCAUCAAUGUACUUAGACCAACAGAUCAAAUCAGACAACGACUAUGAUCUGAACCUCUUUGACUUAAAAGAAGCUGCCUUAUGCACUGACUGGCUAGACAAGAGGCCAGAAGGAUCGGUAGUAUAUAUAGCUUUUGGGAGCAUGGCUAAACUGAGUAGUGAGCAGAUGGAAGAGAUUGCUUCGGCGAUAAGCAACUUCAGCUACCUCUGGGUUGUCAGAGCUUCAGAGGAGUCAAAGCUCCCACCAGGGUUUCUUGAAACAGUGGAUAAAGACAAGAGCUUGGUCUUGAAGUGGAGUCCUCAGCUUCAAGUUCUGUCAAACAAAGCCAUCGGUUGUUUCAUGACUCACUGUGGCUGGAACUCAACCAUGGAGGGUUUGAGUUUAGGGGUUCCCAUGGUGGCUAUGCCUCAAUGGACUGAUCAACCAAUGAAUGCAAAGUAUAUACAAGAUGUAUGGAAGGUUGGGGUUCGUGUGAAAGCAGAGAAAGAAAGUGGCAUUUGCAAAAGAGAGGAGAUUGAGUUUAGCAUCAAGGAAGUGAUGGAAGGAGAGAAGAGCAAAGAGAUGAAAGAGAAUGCGGGAAAAUGGAGAGACUUGGCUGUGAAGUCACUCAGUGAAGGAGGUUCUACAGAUAUCAACAUUAACGAAUUUGUAUCAAAAAUUCAAAUCAAAUAAGUUAAGCAC